AUGGUAAUGACCAGUUUAAGGCCAUUAUCACUCACUAAAACACAUAUAAUACUCAUUGGAAAGAUUUUUGUAUUAUGCAGAUUGGAGAAACAACAGAAACACAACUGUCAAUUAACUCCAGUUUCUCCAUUUCAAAAUAAAAUGACAGAAAAGCCAACCAAGAAUCCACAGGUAGUAGACCCCGAAGGAAUUAUUAUGGCAAGCAGUGGAGCCUCCAAAGCUUCCAUGUCUUAUGUUGAAGUCCCGAAUCCCACAAUUAGUAAAAGUAAAGACGACGAGGAGGCCGCCAAGAAGGCUGCUUUUUUGGGUGAAGGUCAUUUAGGGAAGACUAUUUGGAAGUUGACAUGGCCUGAUUUCAUCGGUAAAGUUGUUCAGGCACUUUAUGUGAUGAUUGAUGCUAUCUAUAUCGGUAACAUGGCUGGAAAUAAUCAACAGGAAAAGUCUCUCUCGUUAGCAGCUUGUACAUUGGCCAUGCCUGUCGAUCAGUUAUUUCAUAUUGCAUUAGGUCUUUUAGUUGGUGUGGGUACAAGUGCAUGCUAUGGUCAGAAUCUGGGUCGUAAGGACUUUAAGACAGCGAAGAAGAUCAUCGGAAACAUGUACAUUAUGUGUAUUAUUAUUGGGGUUUGCUAUCCUCUUAUUAUGUAUUGGUUUGUCGAUGAUGUUCUCAUGCUGGCUGGAGCGAGUGAAGCUGAUGGAACACUGAAGCUGGCUCGGGAAUACUUCCUUCCUCUUAUGUUUGGUAUGAUUUUAAUGUGCUUGGCCUGCUGCCAUAACAACUCAAUUCGUGGAGAGGGUAACUCGGUGUUCUCUGCUACCUGCAUGCUUCUUGGAGGUAUUCUGAAUAUCAUUAUGGAUCCUAUUAUGAUUCGUGCUACUGGCAAUUCGGUCAAGGGAGCUGCUUACGCCACCAUGUUCGGUAAUUGCCUAACAUCGAUUAUGGGAAUGUGCUAUUUCUUCGGUCGGAAGGGCGCUGUGGUGUUGGAGUUGAAAGAUUUCAAGCCCGAUAUCAAGAUUAUGUUUACCAUUUUGAACAUUGGUGUGUCCGGUCUGAUCUCGACCGCCUCGAGUAGUAUCGUGUCGAUCAUUAUGAACAACUUGCUUUUGAAAUACGCUUCAUACAACUACAACUCGUUACAGGUUACCGAGAUCUUGGCAGUCGUGGGUGCGUGCGGUAAAUUCUCCUUUUUCUGCUUUAUGCCCAUGCUUUCUCUUUCUCAUGGCUGCCUGCCCAUCUAUUCGUACUGCUAUGGAGCGAAGAACUUCACUCGAUUCAUCAAUACGAUCAAGAUCCAUUUCAUCAGCGAAAUCCUGCUGGGUGGCGCGCUGACGGUCCUCGGAGCCACGUGUGGUCAGUAUCUAGCGCGGAUGUUCUCCUCUUCAAUCUUCUUUAAGAACAUUUUUGCGGAGGCUCUGCGCUAUGUUACUAGCGGACUUGUCUUUAACGCUUUCACUAUGACCAUCUUCCCCCCUCUUCAGGCUACGGGACGUGGUAUUCCCUCUGCGCUCAUUCUAUUCUUCAAGCAGCUGGUCUUCCUGCUGGCGUUCGCACAGAUUUUCUGUAUGACGUUGCAUGACUGGUGGGGUAACAUGUAUGCCUAUCCCUUGGCUGAGAUCUGCGGAGCCUUCAUCUCUCUGGGAGCUUUCUUCCUCUACAAAAAGGUCUUCUAUGGAAAGAAGGAAUAA